AUGAAUUUCUGGGAGUGGCAGACAGGCGAGGGAGUUAUGGGGGAUGAAGAGGUGGUUUUGCACUCCCAGAACGGUGUUGCCAUUUACGAGGGGGAAAAUCGGACGCACUGGAAGGAUGGCAAGCUGACAGUCACCACCCAUCACAUUAUUUUUCGGACAAUAAGCGGAGAAUCGCACGUGUUGCGGCUUCCGCUGGAAACCGUCUACAGCUCCGGGAAGAGCGCUUAUAGUAAGGGGCGCCUUGGCUUCUCGCAUGCUAAAAUCAUAGUUCCACUUCCGGGUGAGGACGUAUAUGUGAAAUUCUCUUUUAGAAGUGGGGGAAUGGAGGAAUUCUUUGCGGCUAUGCAGAGGGCAAUACACGAGAAGCACUGGAUUCCAAAAAUUGCUUGCGAUGCACCUGCAGAGUCAUCGCCGCUAUCGAGGAGAACACAAUCAGUAGCCACAGCUCCGGUGUCAACCACAGCAUCAACGAGAAUGAACAGAGCAGCGAGUGCGUUGGAUAAAACGGGUUCUCUGGAAAAGGAAGAGGGCAACUGCAGCCCGCCCAAGCCUCUGCUCAGUGUUACGGAUAAGGCCGGGAUAGCGGGUCUUAUGCGGGCCUCUGCGGAGAAAGUUCAAUUGCGUGAGUCGCUGCGUGACAUCGACGACGUGAUGAAGAAGGCUUCCUCUUUGGUGGAGAGCAUUCGAUAUCUUCGUGAAAGGCAAAGAGGUGGGGAAAAGACAACAGGCGAAGAUGAAACCGGAAUUGAAAGCAUUGAAGCGACACUUGGCCUUGGGGCGAUGGUGCGAGCGUCAUCCACCGGUUCCUCCAAUGGUCGCUUCCACCAGGAGCUCGCGAUGGAGCUGCAUGCGUGGAUGACGCAUAAGAAGAAUGAGUCGGUUUUUGGUGCGAUGCCGAUUGUUCCGCUAAUCGAACUCUUUUCUCUGUAUAAUAAAGCCCGUGGUGGGAGUGAUUUGGUUUCCCCCAGUGACGUAUUGCUGUCCUGCCGUGCAAUGACUAAACAGGCAUACUCCCGCUACACAUUGAAGCAACUCUCAUCCGGUCGAAUGGCGCUACAACACAAGGAUCCAUCUUUGGUCUUGGGGAAACUUGCACGUGUUCUCGGACCACGUUUUAUAAACCCCAAAGACCCCGCCUCCAAAUAUCAGGCAUCAGGGGACACGGUUCCCACAACAGCGACGUUUCCGACGUCAUGGACGCUAUUAAAAUCAAUUGAUGAGGUGCAAUUUGCGGCGAGUAUUCAGGUGGCUUGUUCCGUGGCAGAAGAUUUGUUAGAGGAGUUGGAGGCGGAGGGAUUUCUUUGCAGAUCUGGAGGCGAAAUGGGACACAUUGAGUUUCACUGGAAUAUAUUCCUUUUUUGA